UACAUUGGUUCCACAUCCUACCCGCUCGCUGUGUUUCUCUGUUCUCUGCAAAACCCUAGACCCCCUCAAAUCUCCUCCUCGGUUUUUCUUCUACUCCUCCAUGGCUAGAAAGCGAAAGCUCGACUCCUCCAAAACCUCCGAGCCGGCCGAGCCUCCCAAAAAGCUCCAACAGCAAGCUCAAGCUGAACUCGACGAGAACAAGCCCCAAGAUGAACCCGCCAAGGACGUCGUUCAUGAGGAUCUAGCGGAAUACGAAGUGGUCGAGGAAGAAGAUGAUGGCGAUCAAGACGAAAACGAGGAGGAUGAUGAUGACGAGGAGGAGGAGGAGGAGGAGGAAGAUGAAGGCGAUGAGACUACUGUCGAUAACCACCAUCAGACCCCUAAUAUUUCAUCCUCCUCAGCUGCUGCUACAACUGCUGCUGCUGACGACGACGACGAGCCCAUUCAAAAGCUCUUGGAGCCUUUCAGCAAGGACCAGCUUAUCAAUCUGCUGCGUGAAGCGGCUGAGAAGCACGCGGAUGUGGAUGGAAGAAUUCGAAUGGUUGCUGAUGCGGACCCAUCCCACCGCAAGAUUUUUGUUCACGGGCUCGGAUGGGAUACCAAUACGGAAACUUUGAACAACGUGUUUAAGCAAUAUGGAGAGAUUGAGGACUCCAAAGCUGUGUGUGAUAAGGUCUCUGGGAAGUCUAAGGGUUACGGUUUCAUCCUCUUCAAGAAGCGUAGUGGGGCUCGAAAAGCACUGAAGGAACCCCAGAAGAAGAUUGGCAAUAGGAUGACUGCCUGUCAGUUGGCUUCGGUUGGGCCUGUUCCAUCGUCGAGUGCGGCGGUAGUAACCCCUCAAGCACCACCUGCUUCGGAAUAUACGCAGAGGAAGAUUUAUGUGAGCAAUGUUGGAGCUGAUGUAGACCCCCAGAAGUUGCUGACUUUCUUUUCCCAGUUCGGUGAAGUUGAUGAAGGACCAUUGGGGCUUGACAAGGUGACAGGCAAGCCUAAAGGUUUCUGUCUAUUUGUGUACAAGACGAUAGAAAGUGCUAAGAGGGCUUUGGAGGAGCCCCACAAGAACUUUGAGGGUCAUAUGUUGCAUUGCCAGAGGGCCAUCGACGGUCCCAAGCCAGGGAAGUCUCAGCACCAGCAUCAUGUACAAAAUGCGCCGUUUCAGAGGAAUAAGAAUCCGAAUUAUGCAGGUGGGGCGGCAUCUGGAUCAGGGCACCUGAUGGCACCUGCAGGGCCUGGUGUUGGUUACAACCAAGGACCUCCUCAAGCAUUGAACCCAGCUCUUGGCCAGGCCCUGACUGCUUUGCUGGCUAGUCAGGGUGCUGGGUUAGGACUAACUAAUUUGUUAGGGACGCUCGGUUCUGCUGCAGGGCUGAAUCCAGCUGUGCAAGGCGGCGGACCUGGAGUACAAAGUGGGUAUGGGAGUCAAGCAAAUAUAAGCCCUGGUGUAAUUGGAUAUGGAAGUCAAAGCGGUGUGCAGGGUGGAUAUCCAAACCAACAGAUGGGACAGGGUGGAACCGUAAGAGGAGGGCAGCAUGGAGUUGGACAGUAUGGUGGUCCUGGCGGUUAUAUGGGGCACUAGUGCCUCGAUUCGAUCUCACUCAUAUGUGCGUCAGUAUUUUUGUACUGAUCAGGUGAUUCUCUGAAGUUUAAGGAGCUGAUGCAAAUGACGUUUUCGACCCUGUUCAUUUAAGCUCCAUUUUAAAUCUGUAGUUUUUGAUCUAUUCAAGAUUUGUUUUAAAUAUUUGGAUCAGUUUUAGUACUUUCAAGUAAAAUUGUGUAAACUCUAGCUCAAUGGUUGACAAAAAAAUAUUUCAAACUCUUUUGUUCCAAUAGUUUUAAUAGAUCUUGCCCAAGACAGUUAAGUUAUGGUUAAUUCUCUUUCAUUGAUUUUGG